AUGGAGGACGCAAGGCGGAGAAGUGCCAUCGACGCACUCACCAACGAGGACUGUUCCCGCAUCGACGCCGCCACCCAUCGAUACCAGUUUGAUAAAACUGAUCUGGGUCUUGCAACGGCUAACCAGAAGCUUGUGAUGUUUUUCGUCGGCCAGCAGAAUAUCGGCCAUCAGCAGGUCAACCCUCAGCAGCAUCACAGCCAUCAGUAUAUCAUCCCUCAGCCUAUCAGCCAUCAGCAAGGUAACCCUCAACAGGGCAACCCUCAACAGGGCAACCCUCAACAGGGCAACCCUCAACAGGGCAACCGUCAGCAGACUACUGGACCCGAGGAUUGUGAGAAAGGCUCCAACGAGUGA